AGACUAUUUGCAAUCGGCUCUUUUCCGCUUCUUCAGUCGACCUUAGUAAACAAGUUUGGGAGGGCGUUUCGCGUUCAGAAGGAGGCUCUGGUUGAAAUUAAACGAACUCAGGCGCCGGAAGGGAAAACGACAAACUUGAAAGAUCCUUAAAAAGCGGGUAAUUAUAGUGGUCUUAAUUUCACUAAUCUAAAUUGAUUUGAUGUUUUAUUGUUUUAAUUUCACUUGUUAGUUUGCCUUUAUUUAAACUAGUUAUUCAAAAUGAGUUUUUGAAACUUGUUUUCAUUCAAACAUAAUAAAUGGAUGUUUAAUCUAUUCUUGCAUCUUAUUUAUAUAUAGAUAUGGGUCAUCAGUGGGUACAGAAUGGGAACCGGGUAUCGACUGAGUACGUAGAUGGGGUAAAGGAAUUUCUAAAUGUUGCCCGACAAACUUUGAACUCCAACGGGUUAACUUUAUGCCCAUGUGCUAAAUGCCUCAAUACGAGACUGCAAAAGAUAGAUGUCAUCGCUGCCCAUUUGAUUAAUGUAGGAAUUGAUAAGUCGUAUACAUGUUGGGUGUACCACGGUGAGGAUGAAGAGGAUGAGGGACCUGAUGAAUUUGUUAAUGAGGAAUCUGCUGGCUUAAGAGCAGGAUUAGAGGAUGCGACUGGUCAUCCAUUUUUUAAUAUUGGCCCUACCAAUGAUUUAAUUGGAAAUCAACAACCAGCUGAUGGAAAUAAUCGUUAUGAGAAGCUGCAUAAAGCUCUAAAUAAUCCCUUGUAUGACGGAUGCACGAAUUCUUCUACCUUGACAUUUGUUGUGAAGUUGAUGAAUUUUAAAGUGAUGAACAAAUGGACUGAUCACUCUUUUGAGAUGUUACUGAGGAUGUUGCAUGGGGUACUUUCUGCUGGUAAUAAUUGUCCACAGAGCUAUUAUGAUAUUAGAAUGCUACUUUGUGAAGCUGGUUUAGGUUACGAGCUUAUUGAUGUGUGUCAAUAUGAUUGUGCUAUAUUCUACGGGGAUAACAAAGAUGCCAUAACAUGUCCAGUUUGUCAAAGUAGUCGUUAUGUACGCAACAAAAUUGCGUAUAAGAAGCUGCGUUACUUUCCGAUAACACCUCGUUUAAAGCGCCAAUAUGCAUCACGCCACACAGCUAAAGAUAUGCGGUGGCACAAAGAAGUACGCAAGGAUGAGCAGGGAGUGUUGCGCCAUCCCGCUGAUGGAAGGGCUUGGAAACAUUUUGACGACCUGUAUCCUAAAUUUGUAGAUGAUUCGAGGAGUGUAUGAUUAGGGCUGUCUUCAGAUGGGUUUAACCCUUUUAGUAACAUGACAACAACACAUAGUAUGUGGC